ACCGUGAUUAAUCGGAUUAUGGGGGCAGCAACAGUAAUGAAGAAAGCCUGGGAAUAGCUCAAAGGCAGCGGGUCUAUAGUUGGUCUCUGCCACUGCAAAAACCCCUCUCGACGUCCCUUUCUCGACAUUUCUCUCUAGAUUCGAGAAGACGAAGAUGGGUACCAUCUCUGCGAUCCUCUUCUUCGCUUUCCUUCUCAUCUCCUCUGCACACUCCUUCUAUCUUCCUGGCGUAGCUCCUCGUGACUUUCACAGGGGGGAUAUCCUUUCUGUCAAAGUGAACAAAUUGUCAUCUACAAAGACACAACUUCCAUAUGACUACUACUACUUGAAAUAUUGUAAGCCUAAAAAUAUUAUUAACAAUGCGGAAAAUUUGGGAGAGGUUCUUCGAGGUGACCGCAUUGAGAAUUCUGUAUACAAUUUUGAAAUGAUGGUAGAGCAAGCAUGCAAAGUGGCAUGUGGAGUGGCCCUUGAUGCUGAAUCUGCCAAGAAUUUCAAGGAAAAAAUUGAUGAUGAAUAUCGGGUGAACAUGAUACUGGAUAAUCUUCCAGUUGCUGUUCUUAGACAAAGGAGAGAUGGCAGUCAGUCAAAAACUUAUGAACAUGGUUUCCGUGUGGGAUUCAAAGGAAGUUAUGCUGGUAGUAAAGAGGAGAAAUAUUUUAUCAAUAACCACUUGAGCUUUAGAGUUAUGUAUCACAAGGAUCCUGAGACAGAGUCUGCUCGAAUUGUUGGGUUUGAGGUUAUUCCAAACAGUAUUAAUCAUGAAUACAAGGAAUGGGAUGAUAACAAUCCUCAAGUGACAACAUGCAACAAGGACACCAAGAAGUUGAUUCAAGGUAGCACUGUUCCACAAGAAGUUGACUCAGGCAAGAAAGUUGUGUUCUCAUAUGAUGUUACCUUCAAGGAAAGUGAGAUUAAAUGGGCAUCUCGUUGGGACACAUACCUACUCAUGAAUGAUGAUCAGAUCCACUGGUUCUCCAUCAUAAACUCUUUGAUGAUUGUGCUGUUCCUUUCUGGCAUGGUGGCCAUGAUCAUGAUGAGAACAUUGUAUAGAGAUAUUGCAAACUACAAUCAGUUGGAGACUCAAGAUGAGGCUCAGGAAGAAACAGGGUGGAAACUUGUCCAUGGAGAUGUGUUCCGGGCACCUAUCAAUUCUGGUUUACUCUGUGUUUAUGUUGGCACAGGUGUACAAAUCUUUGGAAUGACAUUAGUGACAAUGAUAUUUGCAUUGCUGGGUUUCUUAUCCCCUUCCAACAGAGGUGGCCUUAUGACAGCUAUGGUUCUGUUGUGGGUCUUCAUGGGCAUAUUGGCUGGUUACUCAUCAGCACGUUUGUACAAAAUGUUCAAGGGCACAGAGUGGAAGAGGAACACCCUAAAAACUGCAUUUAUGUUCCCGGGUAUUCUUUUUGCAAUCUUCUUUGUGCUGAAUGCCCUAAUAUGGGAAGAGCAGUCUUCAGGGGCAGUGCCUUUUGGGACCAUGUUUGCUUUGGUUUGCUUGUGGUUUGGUAUAUCUGUUCCUUUGGCCUUUGUGGGUAGUUACCUUGGUUUCAAAAAGCCAGCUAUUGAAGAUCCUGUGAAAACAAACAAAAUUCCUAGGCAAAUACCUGAGCAAGCAUGGUACAUGAAACCAUUCUUCUCCAUACUCGUUGGAGGCAUUCUUCCAUUUGGCGCUGUUUUUAUUGAGCUCUUCUUCAUCUUGACAUCAAUAUGGUUGAAUCAGUUCUACUAUAUCUUUGGCUUCCUCUUCAUAGUGUUUGUUAUCCUUUUGAUCACUUGUGCGGAGAUAACAAUUGUGCUCUGCUACUUCCAGUUAUGCAGUGAAGACUACCACUGGUGGUGGAGAUCUUACCUGACUGCUGGCUCUUCUGCUCUGUACCUUUUCCUCUACUCGGUGUUCUACUUCUUUACCAAAUUGGAAAUCACUAAGUUGGUUUCCGGAAUCCUCUACUUCGGGUAUAUGAUCAUUAUAUCUUAUGCUUUCUUUGUUUUGACUGGAGCAGUUGGCUUCUAUGCUUGCUUCUGGUUUGUCCGAAAGAUUUACUCUUCUGUCAAAAUUGACUGAGACUGACCUGAAGAUGCAUAAGGUGGAUGAAGCAUCAAUUCCACGGGUUUUGUUUAGUUUCCUCUCUGCUUUUGCCAGAUGCAGACUACGCAAUGGAAAUUUUUGGUUGGUCUUGGUGAAAGCAUUUCAUGUGUUGAUUAUAGAGUAGGGAGGGGCAUGUUUUGUUUUUGCUUGUGAAAAUUAUAGACUGUUCUCGCUAGUUUCUGUGCAUUAACUGUUGAUCUAGAUAUAUCCAUACAGUAUAUCAACUUUCAUCCAUUCAAUUAUAGUUCUCUUGUGCUGCUUU